AUGGCUGCUCAGUCUGGCAUCGCACCGACUCAAGAGCUCACGGACUUGUGGACGACCGCUCUCGCUGACCCGCAGAUUGUCAUCAAGGACGAGCAGCUUGUCCCGUCCGGCACCUUCACCUCGACCUCCCCCACCUCGAGUUUGGGCGAGGAGGACGCGGCGAGUGAUGCUGCUUUCGCGGAGGACUUUGCACUGUUCGACCAGGACGGUGUAGUGGAGGAGAACGUUCCGGCGUACUACGCUUACCGCAUCACCGCGCCACCCGCCUCGACCUUCGCCUUCUUCUCCUACGUUCCUGAUCAUGCGCCCGUCCGGCAAAAGAUGCUCUACGCCUCGACGCAGAACACGCUCGUGAAAUCUUUGGGCGACUCGCGGCUACCUCUUUCGAUCUUUGCGACAAGCAAGUCUGACCUUACGCACGCCUCCUACCUCUCGCACAUCGAACACAGCACCGCUUCCGCUCCUCUCACCGCACGCGAAGCUGAGAUGGCGUCGAUCCGAGCGGCAGAAGCAUCUGAAGCGGCCUCUUCGGGCGGGAACGACACCCGACAAGGCAGGAGCAUGAUCUUCGGAAAUCACGAUCUGGAAACUGGGGAGCAAGGAGCGGAUGGAGAGGGGCAGAACGAGGCGAGAGGUGUGCUUCCGUGGGCGGACGAGGCGAAGGAGAAGGUAAGGGAGUUGGGAGAGUCGGGCGAGCCGGGGCAGUCUGUCGCUCUGGAAAUCGACAUCUCGACGGAAACGGUCGUUCUUUCCACUCCGCAACCCUCGUCGCUCUCGCUUCCCACCUCCUCCCCCUGCUACCUCUUCUACAAGCACGCCGCAGGUCUCGUCCUCAUUUACUCGUGCCCGCCUUCAUCGCCAAUCAAGUCCCGCCUCAUCUACUCUUCCGCCGUGCUCGUGCUCUACAAGGUCGCCUUACCGCAGUUCACAGGUCAGAAGAUUAGCAAGAAGCUCGAGACUGACUCGCCAGACGAAGUGGACGCCGCAUGGAUCGACUCCGAACUCGGCCCUUCUGUCGCGACUGUGUCCUCGACUCCAUCAGGCACGGAGACACCAGCAACGGGCAGCGGGACUUCGACACCGCUGCAAGGGCAGAAGGAUGAGGGUAUGAAGUUUGCGAGGCCGGCGAGACCGGGGCGGAAGCGGUAG